AUGGCAAAAUUUCUGGUUCUUCCUCUAGAUCCUCUCACCAAAAAUGAAUAUACGUUGACGAACUCCUACACGUUCAAGAACGCCAUUCUUUCUCAAGAAUCAGACCUAGUUAUGGCCAGCCUCGAUGUCGAGUCUCUAUUCACAAAUGUUCCUGUUAUGCGUAAACUGUUUCCGGAUCCUAAUACCCUCUUCCAUAAUUUUAACUCGGAUGAUUUUAGAAGAUUUCUGGAACUUGCUGUGCUGGACACAGCCUUUAUUUUUAAUAACACUGCUUUUAAACAAGUUGAUGGCGUGGCGAUGGGUUCCCCUUUGGGUCCAACGUUCGCAAAUAUUUUUAUGAGUCACUUCGAGGAGCAGCUGCUGGACAUCUGUCCUCAGUAUUUACCCUUUAUUCUACAAAAGAUAUUAGAUGAUACUUUUACCUUGUUUUGA